UCAGAAAAGAAAGGCGAUUUUUGUGCUUCGAUGCAUAAAAUUAUCAAAAACACUUAGUUUAUUCGCGGAACAAUUGCAUACAGUGCUUAUCGGUGGACCAUAAGUAGGGAAAAAUUGGUGUAGACCGGCACCUAUGUAUAUUUACAUAAACUAACGAAGUAAUUGAGCCUUGAUCCACAUCUAUCUCUGCAUAGCUAUUAGCUCCUAAAUUAUAUUAUUUGCGUAGUUUCCUGUGCUCGUGCGACAAUCGUCUAGUUUUUAAUCGCAAUAAAUAUCUUCGUAGCACGGUGACCUCGUAAAUAGUGAUGUUUUUCGUAAUAUUUACCGGUGUAGAAAAUUCCGCAGUGUGUGCUAAACAAGUUGAUUGAUGAAGAAACAAUCUACUGAUGAUAUUGGCUGUGAGACCUUUGGAUAUAUCCUUUUCAUUCCCAUUCCCAUACUAUAUUUCCUAGCGACAUUCCUUACCAUAUAAACACUGCCAACGCCAUUGUCAUUCCAUUAGUUACAAACCCAGUGUCUUUGUCAGUGAUAAAAAAUAUAUUUUUAUGUAUAAAAUUCACACGCUUAUAAUUGAUAUAUCUACUUUUUAGUAGAAUUUAUGUAUUUUAUACCUUAGCUUAAAUUUUUCUUAAUAGAAAAAUUGUAAUAAGAAUAUUUGCACUUCAAUAUUUUAAGCACACAAUAAUUGACAAUUUAAUUACUAAAUAGAAGCAAUAAUUAGUAUUAAUAUAAGAUAUAGCGUUAUAUUUGUCGAUUUGUUUUAAGAUAAAAUUCAUUAUUCUUAUGUAAGCCAACGACGAUAAUUAAUCGACGCAUUCGAAAUUUGAAUUUAAACUUGACAAAUUGAAGCGUUUUGAAAAACUGACAACGCGUUCUUAAUUCGAAAUUUAAUAUCAACGUAUCGUCCAUUCGAAAAACAUUUGGACAUUGAAAGUUGUGUUCUAUAUUCAAAUCCUGUUCCAAUUCCCAUGAUGAUCUGAUCGCCACAAUGAGUUCCUCUCCAGCCGUGGAGUCGUCGACACCAGCGCCAUCUUCGCCAGCGGUUCGCCUGCCGGACUACACGCAUUUUCACACCUCCACACCAAAUUAUUUAAAGAAGACGCACCAGCCUCUGAACGUGGUCCUGUCAAGUUCAGCACCGUCCUCUCCACCCGUAUACGGUGAACCAACGCUUACGCCUCCACCGCGGUCCCCGGGUGCACCCUUAUCGACCCCUGCUUCAGGAGACCGAGCCCAACCGCCCGACGGCACUUCUUCAGAUAAGUCCUCAGAAACGGCCGUAGGCGUGUCGAGGAACUCAAGCACGGCGUUGUCCCGGAAAGAGAGUUAUAAAGCGCAAAGGCAACAUUAUAGGAAAGAGAAGAAGAGAGCCGCCACAGCACUUCUGCACUCGAUAGAGGACCCCUCGGUUGUGGUGUUGGCUGAUUGGUUGAAGGUUCGGGGGUCGCUAAAAUCAUGGACUAAGCUGUGGUGCGUUCUCAAACCUGGUCUUUUACUGCUGUAUAAGAGUCCAAAGGCAAAGAGAAGUCAUUGGGUCGGUACUGUACUGUUGACGUCGUGCCAGGUGAUCGAAAGGCCAAGUAAAAAGGACGGAUUUUGCUUCAAGCUCUACCAUCCGUUGGAGCAAAGCAUUUGGGCACCGAGAGGACCCCACAACGAGACUAUAGGUGCAGUGGUCCAACCGUUACCAACAGCACACUUGAUAUUCCGAGCGCCAUCUCAAGCGGCGGGUCACUGCUGGCUGGAUGGUCUUGAACUGGCUCUACGAUGCAGCAAUGCUAUGCUCAGAUGUUCCCGCUCACGACCUGAACAAACGGUAGAAGCGGAUGCACCCUCAACCCAAACGAAUAUAUCACACGAGGAACUAGAGAAACAUUUUAAUGAACACGGAUUCAGGCUAGAAUCCUCCAUAUCAACACCCGCUAAACCACCUAAACGAUCAUCAUCGAGCGAUAACAUAAAAACCCUGGAUGUAAAGCAAAUUCGCCAUAGGAGUCUCACCUCCAGUCCAAUGGCGCUAGAAAUGUUAAAACGCUCGCCGAUACUCAAGUUGUUCGAUAUGCCGAAAAUAAAAUUACGCGAGUCGUUCGAGGAGAAAACCAAUAGACGUAGUUCGACGCCGUCAAUUAGAAAAAGUUAUGUUAAAAAGCGAAUUUUGAGGGACUCCGGCGUUAAGACUGACUCGGAAGAUGACGCUCAUAAGUUGAAGAGUAUGGGUUUUUUGGGGGAUUCAGAGGUUAUUUGCAAUACGCCGGAGAAUAUUUUGAUUACUAAAACUGCGCCCUCGGAUGAGAGGUUCAGGGAUACGACUACGUCCUCGUCUGAUGAAGUUCCCAGUAACUGUAGUAGAAGGACGACGCCGUACAAAAAGUAUUCACUAAUAGAUUACACAAAAUUGCCGUCAGCCAGCUUUGAGGCAUCUCAAACUGGUAAAAGAGACGACAGAAUUUCCCAAAACAGCGUUUACAUAGCGGGGAAAAUUGUUGCUAAGGAACUAGCAGGUGCCGCGUCAGAUACAGACAGCGAAGCCUCCAGGCAGGGGAUGCCGGUGGUGUCGCUCAGUGCCGAUCCCUUAGCCAGGAAACGGGAGGUUCUCAGUAGAAUAGAGAGUCUCUACGUCGAAGACCCGGAUCGGGAGAUUGGAGUGGCUGGUGAAUUAGUAGAAGAAGUAGCGGAAGAGAACAAGUCGUUACUAUGGUUCUUACUAAAGCAAGUGAGGCCGGGAAUGGAUUUGAGCAAAGUGGUUCUACCCACAUUCAUCUUGGAGCCUCGGUCGUUCCUGGAUAAGUUGUCUGAUAAUUAUUAUCACGCGGAUUUAUUAGGACAGGCUCAAAUUCUAGAAGACCCAUACCAAAGGUUCAAAGGAGUCCUUCGUUGGUACCUUUCAGGUCUCUACCGGAAGCCCAAAGGUCUAAAAAAACCAUACAAUCCAGUCCUUGGAGAAACCUUCCGAUGUUGCUGGCGACACAAGAACGAUACCUACACGUAUUAUAUAGCUGAGCAGGUUUCACAUCAUCCUCCAGUUUCGGCGUUUUAUGUAUCGAAUAGAAAAGAUGGUUUCGUUAUAGAGGGUAGUCUGUUAGCUAGGUCUAAGUUUUAUGGUAACUCAACGUCCGCCAUUUUGGAGGGGUGCGCGCGAAUACAUUUACUAAAUUGGGGGGAGACGUAUAUUACAACGGCGCCGUAUGCGCAUUGUAAGGGAAUCGUUAUUGGUACACUCAGUAUGGAGCUCGGAGGAAAGGUGCACAUAAUAUGUCAGGAAACUGGAUUUCAAGCGGAUGUGGAAUUCAAACUUAGGUCUUUUCUCGGUGGUGCGGACCAAACAAAUGCCAUAUCGGGAAGGAUUAAACGCGGCAAGGACACAAUUGCGACUGUCGAGGGAUAUUGGGACGGACGGAUCGAUAUUAAAGAUAAGAAAACUGGGGAGGAAACUAGCCUCUUAGACGUAUCAGUAUUAAAGGAGCAACGUUUGCCUCGGUACUUGGUAGAUGUUGACAAGCAACAGGAGUGGGAAUCCCAAAGGCUGUGGAUCAAAGUCUCCGAAGCCAUAACGAGUGAGGAUCAGGUGCUAGCGACUGAACAGAAAACGAUAAUUGAAGAGGCCCAACGUGCCCGUGCACGUAACUUGGUAACGACAUGGACACCGCGACUGUUCCAUAGCGAUACUAGAGCUGUGCCACCGGAAGGAAUCAUCGACCAAGGAUGGAUAUACAAUCACACAAAUACAAGUCCCUGGCAACCAGAAGAAAUAAUAGAGUAUGAAGACGAUUUCAUAAUAACGUCGAUAAAAACUGGUGCAUCCAUGGGCACAAGUAACGAGGCGAGGCUUAGGGAGUUGUCGCAUCGCGCUUCGGAUUCCGAAAGUCAUGACGACUUGGCGAGGAGAUCGAAGACUUCUACCCGCACAUUAAAACAAACGCUACACUCGAUCGACUCGACGCUACGUGAACAAUCAAUUGCCAUAGAAAGAUUAACGAAAAGUGUUGAAAUGCUGAACGAAGGCCAGAGGGCAGCUUCUUUUCACCCACAAAAUGUUGCCAGGAUACCCACAGCCUCGCAUUCUUGGGACCUUUUCGGUGGAUUUGUGCUCGCUAUGGUGUUACAGGCCCUUUUAAAUUGGAUCUUCCACCAAAGAGAGCAGAGGGACUAGUGCAAAUCCUUUUGUAGAUGAGUUUUGUUGACUAAUGCCGUCCCGCUCGCGCUGGUUAGAAUGAGCGAGACGGCGAUAGUUUGAGAUUUUUGGCAUGUGUGAAAAUCCGUCGUUGACGAUUGUUUAAUUUAUCAAUGAUCAAAACGUCAGCUGUCAGCUGAAAGGAAAGGAAAGUCGUCUAUACAUACUUGCCUUUAGCUUUUGUGAAUUGUAUAUUAUUAAUUUAGAUAUUCAGAGCUUAUCGAUAAAAUAAUUUUUAUCAAUAAUUAUAAUUAUUGUAUAGCUCGAAUUGCGUUUUUUUUUAAAUUGUAAAGUCAAAAAUAUACCCCAUACGAUUUUACUCACUUCGGUAUAUAAAUUAAUUUAAUAUAGUACUAAAACAAUAAAUCCUUUAAAUACAAUUAUUUUGCAUGUAUAUUUUUGACUUCUACAAUAUACGCCAAAUAUAUUGAUAAUAAUAUAUAUGAAAAAAAUUGUGUGCGGAGUAUCUAAUAAUCGAAUGGUAUUUUCGGAGCUUUAUAUAUCGUAACUUUAUCCCAUGAUUGUUUAGCUGUCAUACAUACUCUGCAUACAAAGCACUGACAGGUCUGUCAACGUCCAGUUAGGCGCCGAAAUUACUGUCAGUAAUGCCGCGCGGGAUCUCGCAAGUUUAACGGAAACUUUUUCGUGGAUUCCCGCUUGUUAUGUAAAUCAUAGUUUUAGAUUCCUUAAAAUAAUGGUUAAAUCGCUUGAUUUUUUUAAAUGCAGCAUACCAACGGUUCAUUGGGCCGUGAAGUUUUUUAAACGCUACUGUUUAUGGUUACCACAGACAUUUGAUAAUAGACAAAUUUUUCAGGUCAUGUCUUAAACGUCAUGCCUGUUAACUGUGGCAGAUUCUAUUACACUGACUUUGACAUUCAGAGUCGAAACUUGGCGCCAAGUAUGAAGCUACUCACGAAGAUCAAAAUCGUAUUGGUCCGCGUUAAUUAUUAAAUAAAUUUAAAUAACAAAUUGUUAUGGGUUUUCGAAUCGAUUUGAAAGUCGCUUAGAUGUGAACGAUACUUAACAUCGGAAAACAUUUGGAGCACCAACUAAACGGAAUGUUUUGAAUAUAAUGCGUGGUACAAAAUUUGUCAAAAUUGACAGGACACUUGAUGAAUCUAACGUCAAAACGUUUAAACCUUCACGGCUCAAUGUAUAGAAUUGAAUUUAGACACUUUUAUACUUCGUAUUGAUAAGCGGUAAAUUAUUCCUAACAAAUUCUUUUAUCACAUUCCUUGCACGCUUUGGAACAUUUAACGUCCAAUUGGAUUGCAUUAAGGGUUUUGUGGUUUUAAAAUAUUCCAUUCAGAACAUUUUUCGGUUUCUGUUCGUAUUUUUGAUCGUUGGGAGUUUUGCAGAAACAAGUAAUCCCAGAAAAUUGAUAAACCUGACACUGAGGCUCGUACGUAAGCUUGCCGUAUGCGAACGCUACCAAAAUGCGACUAUAUAUUAUUUAAAUUAAUAAAUUUAUAUUGUUUUUUAGUAUAUUUUAUUUGUAUAAAGACGACAGAUUGUUCGUUAUGCAGUGACGAAAGUUAUUAUGGGUUUUUAUAAAAAUCGAUUUUAAUGAAGCCUUUGCUUGGGUAAUAGACAUUUUUGGGACAGCUAAUUCUAAACCUUAUGAUAAAUCAAUACAAUAAGAGAGCUGGGGCGCUCACUGUUGCUUUAAUAUGAAAAUGUCUUCUGUAAUACUGUUGUUAAUAACAAAAUAUAAGUACUUACGUUUUGGUGUGUUGUGUAGAAAAAUGUACAAUGCCGUACGAUCCGAGGUUUUUGUACGUAGUUUUAUGCCGUAGCUGAUGACCCAACCUUUGCACAUAACUCGACCUGUUCCAAAACCUCACUUAAAUCUUUCAACAGAUGAAAAACCAUUUUCUAUUUGAUAAAUGGUUAAUGGAAAUGGCCGGCAUUGCACCCACUAAACUACCCUUCUAUAAUAAUAAUAAUUCUUGAGGGUAUAUCUGAAGAUUUAAGUCAUUGGUAUUUUAAGAGUUCCCGCCGUAUACUUUGUAUAUUUUUAAUUGUUAAAAUUGUAUAUGCGUGUUGUCAUUAGCUUUGAGAAAUAAAUAUGGGUUUGAUAAGAUCUUGUGAGACGGUGAAACAGAAAAUUUCGUAGGUCCAUAAUGCAUCUUAUUAAAUUUUCGAUAUCACAAAACCCUUUUCAAAUUUAUUACGCCAUUGUCCAACUUUAUAUAAAGCAUUUAGAUAAGAUAAUUUAGAUUGUUGAUAUUUUUGUUGUUUUAUUCAUUGAAUAUAUAUUUUUUUCCAAUUGA